CUUCCUGUGACCGUGCUUGGGACAAGUGGUUUCAGCAAGUGUAUGUGUGCUUAUGCAGAUAACAAAUCAAACCAGAAUGUCAAUAUAUGCUUAACACAGUCAUUAAAAAGAGUAUCAGCAGUGUGUUUGGGACAAUACCAUCCUGAAACACCCCCAACCUGUACACGCUACAUAUGAGUUCACACUGUACCUUCUGUCCCUCAGGCCUCAGAACCACUCACACUUAAUCUUGUGUAAGUAAUUAUUCUGCACGGUAGGGCUUUUCAUUCUUUCCACCGUUCCUGUGAAGCAAAUCACGAGCCUUCUCUCUCCCCGCUAUCUUCCACCCCCGAUGACACGGCCGGCUCCGCGGCCGAGUCCGCCUCCACGUGCAGCUAGGGGUUUACAGAAUGAGACGGAGUGGCCAUUCACCUUUUUGUGAGCGCUUUCUUGCUGAGCUCUGCUCACUGGAGCGGACCGGGCCUCACGUGGCAUUUCGGUCAUCGUGCGCCAGUGACUUAACCCCCUCGCCAUAACUCCCUCGCUGAAGCAUCUAUCCUAAAACACAGACACAUUGGUUUUGCUUCAAAUACCUGCAGUGUCUUUUACGGCAGAAUAAAACUCAGAGAGAAAAGUUUGUUCCAGUAGCGCGCUAGGAGUUCCCACGAAAAGAUGCGUCGAUGAGGUGAAACCAGAUCUCCGGAACGUCAGCGUGUGGCAGAUGGAGAACUACUGUGUGCAUGGGGAAUGGGGCUGAGCUCCAUCAGUGGGUGCUGCUUGCUUCACUGUGCCUUCUCACAUUGUCUGCUACGUUCUUUUUCCUUUUUUUUUUUGAAUGCGGCGUUAUAUAAGGAGGCCUUUCCACAGUAAAGGGAUCAUCCUCUCUUUUCUCCAGUGCUUUGAUCUCCCACUCUACAUUCCACAUACGAGGCUUCUCACCCUGAUGGAAGGCUCCCGGGAGGCUUUGUUUACUGCUGCACCCCCCAAAUGUGGGGUUUGGAUUUGCAAAAAGCAACCUGUAUUCCAAAAAUAUCUGGGCUAUUUUAGAGCAGCGCAGUUCUGACUGGAUAAUUUAGAAUAUAAAUAAUAACACCGAACGGUAAAUAGAUCCCUAGACAUUGUUUCUGUGGUUUGUGAUGUACCACAGUGAGGAGCAGUUGAAUCUUGUGUGCUUGGUUAUUGGGAUGUAGUGGCAACACUGUAAGGAAUAGCACUGAACAAAGAUGACACACAGUGCCUCCACGAUUUUUUGUGACCGCAGAUUCAGUGUUGUGUUGGGGGUAUUCCAGUGGUAGCGAAUCCAGAGUCAUUGUGUGCGUUUUGGUGGGGAAACCUCACCGAGUCAGCAGCAGCAGCAGCAGCAGCAGAUCACGUGAUGCUGUUGCUAUGGCGUUCCAGUGUUCCUGGAGAGAGCUGCAUCGAUGGGGAGAGAUGCAAUUAUUCUCAGCUGUCCACCAGAGAAAAUAGCAGACUCCCCAAAAACACAGGGACCCCUUCCGCUAUAAAUAGCCGGACGAAAUCUCUCAGUUGGGAAUCCACAUAAUGAACAGGCACCGAUUCCAGAUCUUAGCCUGUAACAAGCAUGAAAGUACAGAGGGAAUGAAAGGACAAACCCACGCAUCUAAUGGACACGAGAAAGUACAAGAUGCAGAUUUUUCCACUUCUGUGUUAGUCACGAUUUGGCAAGCUUUAUCUUUAUUAAAAAAAGAAAAAAAAAAAUCAAAAAUGCAAUAAAAUGAUGAAGCAUCAGCAAAGCUAUAUAAUGAUUUCUUUUCAAUUACAAGCAGGAAAAAAAUUUCUGUACAUAUAAAGGGGGUUGCCAUUGUGGGUCAGUGAAGGGAAAGGGGGAUCCUGAGCUUGCCUUACAUAAGUAAGUAGGGGGACUUCCUCCAUUAUCCAUCACAUCGUCCUUUGCGGUUCACGCAUAGCUGUGGCUGGCAGGCUGGCGGGGGAUGGGAGAGCUGCAGCAUAGCGCUUGUUAGAACGAGGCUAAUCCAGGCGAGGAAGCCCCCCCUUCUGCCAGCGGAGACGCGCGGACUCCCUCCCUCCCUCUCUCUCUCUCUCUCUCUCAGUCCUUCUCCAACCGUCGCUCCUGCUUCGAUUCCCAGCUCCUUCGUCUUCACCGGCCCUCUCGCUGCAGCACGGCCCUGCCGCGGACAUGGAUGGCAGCAGGGAGCUGAAUGCGUACGGCUGCUUUGCGCGCCACUGAUCUUUGGAGCGGACAGGAGCGGAGGAAGGGGGGGGUGGCAGUGUAACGCAAGGAAUUCCAUCCACGGGAUCUCGUCCUCUGCUUUUUGUUCCUGCAAGGAGAGCUGCAGGCUUUUGCUACAACGGGGUCCAAAAUGCCUGAGGCAAACUACCUGCUCUCGGUGUCCUGGGGUUACAUUAAGUUCAAAAGAAUGCUGAACCGGGAGCUGACGCAUCUGUCGGAGAUGAGCCGCUCCGGCAACCAGGUGUCCGAGUUCAUCUCCAACACCUUCCUCGACAAGCAGAAUGACGUGGAAAUCCCAUCCCCUACGCCCAAGACCCGGGAGAAGAAGAAGAAGCAGCAGCUGAUGACGCAGAUCAGCGGGGUCAAGAAGGUGACACAUGGACCGAACCUCUCCAACUGCAGUGUCUACCGCUUUGGGGUCAAGACUGAUAAAGAGGACCUCCUCUCCAAGGAGCUGGAGGACCUCAACAAGUGGGGCCUCAACAUUUUUACUGUGUCCGAAUAUUCCCAGAGCAGACCGCUAACCUGCAUCAUGUAUGCCAUAUUUCAGGAAAGAGACUUGUUGAAGACGUUCAAGAUACCUGCAGACACGUUUGUGACGUACAUGAUGACGUUAGAGGACCACUACCACGCAGACGUGGGCUACCACAACAGCCUGCAUGCUGCUGAUGUGGCUCAGUCCACCCACAUUUUACUGUCUACACCUGCUCUGGAUGCUGUAUUUUCUGACCUUGAGAUCCUUGCUGCAAUAUUUGCUGCUGCAAUUCAUGACGUGGACCACCCUGGAGUCUCUAACCAGUUUUUAAUCAACACCAACUCUGAGCUGGCCCUCAUGUACAACGAUGAGUCAGUACUGGAGAACCACCACCUUGCUGUAGGCUUCAAGCUGCUGCAAGAGGAGAACUGUGACAUCUUCCAGAACCUGAGCAAAAAGCAGCGUCAGUCCCUCAGGAAGAUGGUCAUUGACAUGGUGCUGGCAACUGACAUGUCCAAGCACAUGAGCCUGCUUGCAGAUCUGAAGACCAUGGUAGAGACUAAGAAGGUGACAAGUUCUGGAGUGUUGUUACUGGACAACUACACAGACAGGAUACAGGUUCUCCGCAACAUGGUACACUGUGCAGACCUCAGCAACCCCACCAAGUCUCUGGAGCUGUACCGGCAGUGGACGGAUCGUAUCAUGGAGGAGUUCUUCCACCAGGGAGACAAGGAGCGCGAGAGGGGCAUGGAGAUUAGCCCCAUGUGCGACAAGCACACUGCUUCUGUGGAGAAAUCCCAGGUGGGCUUCAUAGACUACAUCGUGCAUCCACUGUGGGAGACGUGGGCGGAUCUGGUGCACCCGGAUGCACAGGACAUUCUGGACACGCUUGAGGACAACAGGAACUGGUACCAGAGUAUGAUCCCACAGAGCCCGUCUCCACCCUACGAGCCAAGCAAGGACAGCCACGGUGGUGGCGACAAGUUCCAGUUCGAGCUUACAUUAGAGGAGGAAGACUCAGAGGGCACGGAGAAGGAUGAGCACAGCCAGUGCGAUGACAGCACAGGCGAGGCACACUCCCCACUCGACUUCUUCGACAGCCAGGAUACCGAGGAGCCCACAGAGCCCACGCACAUCGAGAUCAUCACGCAGGAUGCCUCGCCUGUGGACACAUAGGCCCCCGUCCUAGAGAAACCACCUCCACAGAGGGGCUUGGCAUUCGCAGAUUUUUUUUUGUUUUGCCAGGAGAAAUCCUGUAGUCCUGCUUAGAUUAGCCUCGGGGCUGACUUUUGGCCACAGAUGGCCAGGCCUCCAGUGCACCUGCUUUUGGAGCCAGACGUUCAGAGGUUGGAUGUUUUUGUCCUAAACGUUGAUGGAGCUUUCAGGUAAACGCCGAUUUGACUUGCCAUGCGAAGACGUGAAGGAUUUUGGCCGGCUGGGAACGCACACUGGUCAGGCACCAUGGCACAGGCACUACUGAGAGAUUUUUGUACCAAGUGACUUUUUUCAACCAAGAUGUCAUGAACUGCUGAGGAAAAGGUAUUUGUAAAGAAAAUGGUUUACUUUUUCUGUAACAUUUGUCUGAGGACUGUGUGCCUUUUUUACAACUCUCUUUGAAUUUUUUUUGUUUUUUAUUUAUUGAACUCACUUUAUAUGUAAAUCAGACGUCUUUUCUACACAAAGAAGUCAUCAGCAGAAUCCUUUUGUAUCUCAAAUGAAGAGAGAAUACAGAGUCUUCCUAAUAACUGAUACUGGGCAAUAUCAGAACACCGGACUAUUCACCAUCACAGAAAAACAUCCCCAUGAGAGACUAUUUUUUCCUGUGUACAUUAAUCACUACAUUCAAGUGGGAAUGAGGAUUUUUCUUCUCUGAAUAUUUUUGUGUGUAGUAUACAAAGUACGUUCAAGACAUGCUGCCUGUACAUUACAUAGUGCUGCAAAUUACUGACUCGUUUCAUUAUUUUAUCUGUACAUAUUUUAAUGAAGAAAACAAUCUUCUCCUCAUGGUCCCUCAUCUUGCCUAUAAUAAUUCCAGCAUUCAAAUCUUGAUGAUGAAGGAACUCAAGAUUAUAAAAAGUGGAAGCUAAAAGCUUGGCUGGGUAAUUUCAGUCAUUUCAGUAAAAGACCUGGCAGUAACAGGUGACUUUGAUUCACAUCGAGAAUCUGCUGUUUGUUCUGUAUAAAGUGGUGCUACAUAUCGCUCCAAUAAGCUCAAGUGAUCCCUUUUAACUAGCAUUUGUAGUGCGAGUCUUCCCAGAUCUCCGUACCUCCAGCUACUGUCAAAGUACAAGAAAAUAUCGAAUUAAUGAAAGUGGUAAAAUAAAUAUUUUGGGAAAGGAAGUCGACUGAAAAACAUGGCCUUGUACAUGAUUUGAAAGACAGCGCAGCUCCAAAGCCAAGGCCAUUUGUUUCUUUGAACAUGUGGACAAAUGACCACCUUCUGCAUGUGGCACGUUGUCUUGGAUUCACACCAUCAAGAUUUGAUUGCCCGACACAGAGCUACACAUCUGUGAAGAUCAGUGAGACGAGUGAAACCCUGCUAAAACACUACCAAAAAUGACCAGUGAGAUGGAAGCGUUACGUGUCGGUAAUGGGUUGGAAUUUUGCGACAGACCUCUUUUUCCCCCUCAUGACAGCUUUGUUAUGAAAUUAUUUCACCAAAAAUAUAAAUCACUCCUCUCCUGAGUCUGUUGUCAUGCACAGAGGUACUGAAAAUACAGUGUAGUGCACUGUCAGCUUAAUAUAACUUGUCAGUAAGACAUGUUGCUUCACAGCUCUAACUGCUUUGUAUGCCUAUAUUUUUAAUGACUGAGAGUGUGUUUUGUAUGAAUGUAUGUUUGUUUCAGUCCUGUCCUACUGUCAUUGCAACAUAAACAUCUUAGAGUCCAUCCUUCCACUUUGCAACUGAACUCUGCUUUGUCCUUUGCUGUUUAUAACAGUGUAUUUAUUACAUUAAUUUGUAAAUACAAUAGUGUUCACUGUAAAUUGAUUACUAUUUAUAUGCACUAGCAUCACCUGCAGCGGGUGGUGCUGAUGUGUUAGAAGGCUCUGGGGUUAAGUAUUUUUAUUCAGUGAAAUAUUGUUCUGUUUGUUUUUAUAUGUAUCGCACAAAAAUUCAAUGUCCUGAACAGUUGCUGAAAGAGACAUACUCAAUCCAUGGGUGUUAGGAGAGGGUUGGAAAUCUGGUAAGCACCAGUUUAAGAUUUGUGUUUUCUGACUUGUAGAGCCACGCGACACGUACCCAAACGUGGAACGCUCAAUAUAGGAAGCCGGAGGUCAGAAACUCACUUAAUUGCCCAACUAUUUGAAAACACUUUAAAUGUGACAUACUGGUGACACAGUGCAAUUGCUCUAGCAACUGACGGCCGUUACCAUGAAAUUUAACAGAGAUAUCACGAGACCUUCCGUAAUUCUCACGCUGAUGUUGCGGAACCAGUGGUUUAGCCACCCCAGUUGUCAGUACAACACACGCACACAUUCUGAACCACUUGUCCCAUCCGGGGUCACAGGGAACCGGAGCCUACCCG